AUUUGAAAUAGCAUCCAACUGUCAUACCAAUUAAUCGGACAAAUUUGUAUUUGUGUGUGUGAGAGACAUAAACAGAAAAAGAAGGAAGAAAAGGAAAAAAAAAAGUCCAGCAGACCUUUGUCCUAAUCUUGCAAACAAAAAGAUACAGACAGAGAAAGAGAAUCAAAGUUUGAGUUUACCCUUUUCUAAUUUUAUUUUUCAGACAAAAGUUAAGGUUGUUGCAGGAGAAAAACAAAGUAAAAAAGAAAAAAAACCUAACCCUGUUAUAGUUUUUUACUCUGCUUGCUCUUUCAUGGUGUUACAUCAAAGGGCAAACUAUACUCUUUUUGGUUCUUUGGUUAGCUCUUUCUCUUAGUGUACACAAAUAAAACUUGAAAGUUUCAGACUUUUUGUUGUGAGUGAAGUUCAAGCUUUAUCUAACUCUCACACUUUGUUGCUUCAGUUUUUUGGAUCGUUUAUUUACGGUUAAAGGAAAUUAGGGUUCAUGUGAAGGUUGGGGUUUGCUUGUAAAAGAGGUCUUCAAAGGGUUCUUUGGCCUGGUUAUUGUUUUUAACAAUUUGGGUUUUUGUUGUUUUGGCCAAAGCAACUUGAAUGGUUGGUUUGUGGGAGCAGUGAAAGUAGAGUGUUUAAUGAGUGAUAUUAGAAAUUAAGUAUUGAAGAAGGGAGUUGAAGGAAUGCCAUUUUCUGGGUAUUCUUUGGGCCUUUUCAAUUAUUGGGUUUUGUUGGUGUUGUAAGGUGUUUUUGUGUUAAUUUUUAAAAAAAGUUGAUUUCUUGGUUCAUCAUUUAAUCUUUGAGCUGGAGCGACUAGGAGUACCCGGGACAAUGUCUUCCUUGAGUAGGGAGCUGGUGUUGAUAUUACAGUUCCUGGAUGAGGAAAAGCUCAAGGAAACUGUUCAUAAGUUAGAACAGGAGUCUGGUUUUUUCUUCAAUAUGAAACAUUUUGAAGAUCAAGUCCAGGCUGGUGAAUGGGACGAAGUUGAGCGUUAUCUGUGUGGGUUUACGAAGGUUGAAGAUAAUCGCUACUCAAUGAAGAUUUUCUUUGAAAUUAGGAAGCAGAAGUAUUUGGAAGCUCUUGACAGGCAGGAUCGAGCAAAAGCUGUAGAAAUUCUUUUUAAGGAUCUGAAGGUUUUUGCAUCAUUCAAUGAGGAACUUUUUAAGGAGAUUACCCAGUUGCUUACUCUUGAUAACUUUAGAAAAAAUGAGCAGCUUUCAAAAUAUGGUGACACAAAAUCCGCUCGAAAUAUUAUGCUUGUAGAGCUUAAGAAGCUCAUUGAAGCGAACCCCUUAUUUCACGAUAAGCUUGCAUUCCCAGCUUUUAAGAGUUCACGACUGAGGACCUUAAUAAACCAGAGUCUGAAUUGGCAACAUCAGCUUUGCAAAAAUCCUCGUCAACCUGACAUUAAAACUCUCUUUAUGGAUCAUUCUUGUUCUCCCACUACUAAUGGUGCUCGACCUCCUCCUCCGACUAGCAGUCCCCUUGUUGGACCAAUUCCUAGGGCUGGGGCAUUCCCUCCUAUUGGUGCCCAUGGUUCAUUUCAGCCUGUUGUUUCCCCAUCCUCUGGUGCUAUUGCGGGUUGGAUCUCAAGUGGUAAUCCUUCUUUACCUCAUGCUGCAGCUGUGGCAGCAGGUCCCCCUGGUCUUGUCCAACCCUCUAAUGCAGCUGCAUUCCUCAAGCAUCCAAGGACACCAUCUGGUAUGCAAGGGAUGGAUUACCAUUUGGCUGAUUCUGAGCAUUUGAUGAAGCGCAUUCGUACCGGCCAACCUGACGAGGUAUCCUUUUAUGGUAUCGCACAUACUCCCAAUGUAUACUCACAGGAUGACAUUCCAAAAACCGUUGUUCGGGCCCUUAAUCAAGGAUCUAAUGUCAUGAGCAUGGACUUUCAUCCUCAACAACAAACUAUUCUCCUAUUUGGCACAAAUGUUGGUGACAUCGGCCUUUGGGAAGUAGGAUCUCGGGAAAGAUUGAGCCAUAAACUGUUCAAGGUUUGGGAUAUCACAGCUGCUUCCAUGCCUUUGCAGACGGCUCUGUUGAAUGAUGCUGUGAUAUCAGUCAAUCGAUGUGUCUGGGCACCUGAUGGACUUAUGCUCGGUGUUGCAUUUUCAAAGCAUAUAGUCCAGAUAUAUCAGUAUAAUCCAACUGGAGAAUUAAGGCAGCAUUUGGAGAUUGAUGCUCAUGUUGGAGGUGUUAAUGACAUAGCAUUUGCUUAUCCCAACAAGCAAUUAUGCAUUGUCACAUGUGGUGACGAUAAGAUGAUUAAGGUAUGGGACACUGUAGCUGGACGUAGACUUCAUAUUUUUGAAGGUCAUGAAUCUCCUGUAUAUUCUGUUUGCCCUCAUUAUAAGGAAAAUAUUCAGUUUAUCUUUUCCACUGCCAUUGAUGGGAAGAUUAAAGCUUGGUUAUAUGAUUGCCUAGGAUCUAGAGUGGACUAUGAUGCUCCUGGACUUUGGUGUACAACAAUGGCAUAUAGUGACGAUGGAACUAGGCUCUUCUCUUGUGGAACAAGUAAAGAUGGAGAAUCCCAUUUGGUUGAAUGGAACGAGAGUGAAGGAGUGAUCAAAAGAACAUAUUCUGGUUUUAGGAAGCAUUCUUUAGGUGUUGUCCAGUUCGACACAACGAGGAACAGGUUCUUAGCAGCUGGUGAUGAAUUCCAGAUUAAGUUUUGGGACAUGGAUAAUACUGCCAUGUUGACAGCUGUUGAUGCAGAUGGCGGGUUGCCUGCCAGUCCCAGACUAAGAUUCAACAAGGAAGGUUCAUUGUUGGCUGUUACAACGAGCGAUAAUGGUAUCAAAAUCUUGGCUAACAGUGAUGGAUCACGCUUGAUAAAGAUGUUGGAGAGUAGGGCUGUUGAUAAAAAUCGAGGCCCAUCUGAACCUGCUAAUUCUAAGCCAUUGAUCAUUAAUGCUCUUGGUCCUGUUGGAAAUGCUGCCAUUGCACCAUCCCUUGAACGCCCGGAUAGAGUCUCCACUCCUGUAUAUAUUGGAAGCCUUGGUACCAUGGACAGCAGCAGGCUUGUGGAUGUUAAACCACGAAUUUCUGAUGAUUCAGACAAGGUAAAGAGCUGGAGAAUUCCUGACAUUAAUGACCCAUCUCACCUGAAAGUCCUACGGUUAUCUGAUGCCAUAACAGCGGGAAAGGUGGUUAGGCUGCUGUAUACCAAUUCUGGUCUUGCUCUUUUGGCCCUUGCUUCGAAUGCUGUUCACAAGCUUUGGAAAUGGCAACGUAGUGAAAGGAGUCCCUUAGGCAAGGCUACUGCAUACGUUGCACCACAAUUGUGGCAGCCACCUAGUGGCACUCCUACAAAUGAUAUAAAUGAGACUAAACCUGCUGAAGAGUCUGCUGCCUGUAUUGCGCUAUCUAAAAAUGAUUCUUAUGUUAUGUCUGCAUCAGGAGGGAAGGUUUCUUUGUUCAACAUGAUGACAUUUAAGGUGAUGACCACCUUUAUGUCCCCGCCUCCAGAAGCCACGUUCUUGGCAUUUCAUCCGCAAGACAAUAAUAUUAUUGCGAUUGGCAUGGAAGAUUCCACGAUUCAAAUUUACAAUGUCCGAGUUGAUGAGGUCAAAACCAAACUCAAGGGCCACCAAAAUCGGAUAACCGGACUUGCCUUUUCGCAGACUUUGAAUUCUCUGGUGUCUUCAGGAGCUGAUGCACAGCUGUGUGUUUGGAGCAUAGAUGGAUGGGAUAAAAAGAAAUCAAAGUUCAUACAAGACCCAGCUGGUAGGCAAUCUCCUUUAGCGGGAGAAACCAAAGUCCAGUUUCACAAUGACCAAACUCAUCUGUUGGUUGUCCAUGAAAGCCAAAUAGCCAUUUAUGACAGCAAGCUCGAGUGUUUGCGCUUCUGGUCUCCGAAAGAGGUGCUCAAUGCUCCCAUUUCGAGUGCAAUAUAUUCCUGCGAUGGCUCACUGGUUUAUGCUGGUUUUUGUGAUGGCGCUGUUGCAGUUUUCGAUUCAGACAAUUUGAGACUCAGAUGUCGAAUAGCGCCUUCCGCAUAUAUACCUUCAUUACCAGUCAGCGGUAGCAAUGGUGCAGCGUAUGCCGUGGUCAUAGCUGCUCACCCAUCAGAAGUGAACCAGAUUGCGCUGGGGAUGAGUGACGGGGCGGUGCAUGUGGUCGAGCCAUCUCAAGAUAACGGGUCUCAGAAUCCUUCGAGUUCAUCAAAUCCUUCAUUAACUGGUAAACAACCAAGAGUUAGCUAGUAGGUAAAUAUUAAUGUCGGUAGGAAGCGUUCUACUUUUGUAAUCAAAUUGCCUUAAAAAUCACUGCCAAUGUUAUUUAAUAUUCAUCGUAUUUCUUUUUUUACCACGUUGGUUGUUUUAUGCUUUCCCUGCAUUGUUAUUUAUUUGCCAUGUUUACCACGAGACCUAUGCGUGCAAAUAUUAUCCUUUAAUAUGAAGAGUGAUUUCUUUUGAGAAAUAAAUACUAAACUUCUAUUG